AUGUCCCGGGGGGAGCAGCGCGACGAGGCGGACUGCGUGUGUUCGGUCGGGAUGAAGCUGACCUGGGACAUCAACGACCCCAAACUACCGCAGACCGGCCCAGAACCGAGUGGCUGUUGUUGUUUACCCUCUCAGGCUUUAGGCCCCGCCCUCCUCUGUGUGGAACCAGCAGAAAGGAUUUCCUUCAUUGAGCCGAACUUUCCGCAGCAUUACCCACAAUUCCAGAGCAGUGAGCCUUACUACAACCCCCACAAUGCACUGGGAGAGGCCCCGCCCACCCUCCAGAAACCAGCCAACCCAAGACUGUACAUGGGCCGACCCGGCUAUGACUUCCAGGGAUACCUGGCCUCACCUUCGUAUCCUGUGACCUCUGACCUCUGCGACCCCAGGGUAACGCCCGUCCUGGGCUCCUCUUCAGCGCCUUCAUCUUCCUCGGCUCCGCUCUCAUCCUCCUCAUCCUCCUUCGACCCGCAGACGAAGGCGCCGCCGGCCUGGAAGGAUCUCCUGAAGAGCUCCGCCCCCUACGCCGAUAACCACCACUACUACAGCGCAGAGUACCCCUGCCGUUACUCUAACAACGCCCCAGGGUCACCCGCUGGUCUGCAGACCAUUAUUACCACGACAACCAAGGUGUCCUACCAGCCCUGUCCCAAGCCUCCGGGGGCGCUGCCUCCCUACCAGUCCUGUCCCAAACCGUCGGCCGGCCUGCCGUCCUACCAGCCUGCCAAAGCCGCCGGUCUGCCCGGCUGCUCGUCCCUGCUGGAAGACGCGUCUCCGUCUUCGUACUCUACUGAGGUCAAGGUGACCGAGGAGUCCGGCGGAGUCAUCAAGUCUCUGUCGUUUCCUCCAGAACCUCUGCAGACCAAGACGGAGCGGCUGGACCCCUAUGACUACCACUACGCCUACCCCAACGCCUAUCGCUAUGACGACUACUGACUCAGCACCGACUCUGCCGCCAUGGCAACUGAAACUGAUGAACCAGACUUCCAGACGGAGGAAGGGUUCAGGUUCUGACCCGAAUCACCAAACCUUCAGAGGACGAAUCAGAGCCAUCAGAUGAAUCUUGUUCUGGAGGUUCUGUCCAGACCGGCCCAAUCCGUCCACAGGACCUCCAGGAGCCGGCUUCGGUCCUCUAGAUGGUUCUGUAGUUCUGCUCGGGUCGGUUCUGAAGGCGUCAGAUCUUAUUAAAUGUGCAGUAACUGUUGUUUUUUAUGAAUGAUCUGCUUACCGUCCUGAUUCUGUCACCGAUCCAAACAAGAUGUCCAACACGGACCCGAACCGGGUUCUGACCUGGUCCUGACCAGAUUCUGACCGGACCCCGACCGAAUUCUGACCCCUUGGUCUGAGGCAGCUCCACCCAUCAGCUGCUGUCCUCUGGGUGGCGCUGCUACGCCUGCCGGGUUCCUGAACAAUGACAGAGAAUAUUUUGUUGUUCUGGAAGAACCCGGAAGGUUCUGGUUCCGCCUGCGUGUUGCAGCCAUUACCCAGCCAGAUGUCUGUAACCGGUUUUAUUCAGCCAACCGGAUCAUCAUCAUCCAGUCACAUUUUCACCCUGUCAUCCAUUUAUAAAGAUUGAAGCUAAAUGUUUAGUUUUGGACAACUGAACUUUUAUCUCCAAGCUAAAUAUAAAUCUAAUAUUCAGCUAAAUUUGCAUCUUAGCUAAACAAACAUUAAGCUAAACUGCAUAUAUUUAGCCUCACAGUAAAUAGGUAACUUGUAAAAUCAAUAUUUAGCUCCAGGCUAAAUGUGUAGUUUGGAGUUAGACAUGCUAGCUAAAUAGUUAGCCUCAAGCUAAAAAGUUAGCCUCAAGCUAAAUAGUUAGCAUCAAGCUAAAUAGUUAGCCUCAAGCUACAAGUUUGCAACUAAACAUUUAGUUUUUAGCUAAACUCCAAACUAUUAAUAAGUUUUAACUCUAAAUAUUUAGUCUGCUAACAGAUUUUUAGCUUCAAAUUGUGUGAUGUGAAACUGUGGAAAUGUUCUGGUCGGGCUGCCGGUCCACAGAACCAGCAGGGAACCAUCUGUUGGCCUGCCUGGUUCUGGCCAGGUUCUGGUUUGGUUCUGGUUGGUGAAAUUGGACUCAGAGUUCUACAGAUCCAGGAGUUUUGUUCUGCUGAGCAUAAAACCAACCCAGAACCAGGUGACCCAGUUGAGUUUAUGAGGACUGGUUUUGGUUCUGAUGGUCUGUCCCACAUUUCAGCUGAUGAAGAAUAAAAAGGUUCUGACAUUU